AAAUUUGCAAUUGGUCGAAUCCCUCAGCCCCACCAGGUCAUACUCAAGUACGAAUGCUCGAAAAUUUGUGAAAAUGUCAUAUUGUGUUCAAAUGCCGGAACGCCAGCAAUAAGAAGUUCUUUCUGUGAUUAGCGUGUUUGACCUUGAAUGUUAUUUUGGACUACAGUUUUAAUCGAAUAAUUGAUUUUAAUCGACUAAUUACUGAAGGAUGGUGUCAACACCGACGAGAGUAAACGUUUUCCUCCAACGGAUAUUGAGAAAGAACGAGGACGAGCCAGGAAAUCAUUACCAUCACCUUGAAGCCGAAGAAGCAAUGGUAACUAAUUCCCAACCCGUGGAGAACUCGCCGCGCGGCAGAUCCAAGUGGUUGUGGAAGUUUGGUGCAUCAACAAGCAAAAACAAGAGCCCCAACGUGCAAAUAACAACCCCUAUGGUGUACCGCUCCGUCGAUCCAAUGCCUAUAAAACGAGCAGCGACAUUACCGACACCCCAGGCCGCCCAGGAUUUGGGGAAAAUUGUCAACGAGUUUGAAAAGAACUACCUGUCCCCAGCAAAACAGAUGACACAUGAGGACGCCCGGGCCAACGGCGAAUUUGUUAAAAGAAUGGUGGCCGCCCUUGAGGAGAAGUGCUCGAAUCUCAAAACCCCCGGGAAUGAAAUGGCCAACAAGCGCUGGCAACGCCGCAGCAUGCCAUCCGUGUCUGAGUGUCACCAGGAGUCCAACAAUAAUUCCUUCAACGAGACGUACCUAGUAAAAUCCUCCGACGACCUGGACCGUCGUAGUCCCUACGAGGACGACUUGAGCGCUUCCUUCAACGCUUUGGACACGACAGUAGACAUCAGCCAGGCCUCAUUCACGUCCAUGGACCUCACCCAAGACACCUUCACCGAGGUAUCAAGCACUCCUGUGCAGAUCGAGGCGAAUCUUCCCAGGCCCAUCGUCCCAUCUCCAUCACCUUCAUCUCCUCCACUUGUCCCGGGAGCCCCGAAGAUUGUUGGAGCCUUCCUGAAGAAGCCUAUCGAAGUCGAGGACACCGCCAUCGACUGGAUCCCCAUAACCGGCAAGAAGCUCCCUCGAAAGCACUCAUUCAAGAAGCUGCUGUCAAUCCUAACCGGUCGCAGUUUCGCCUCUAAAGGAAGCAAACUCUUCGGCUCACAAUCCCAAUCAAAUAUUCCAGAGGAAAAUCGUAAGGAGCACCACGACUCUGGAUACGACGAGAAGUCCUCAUCGACAUCGUCCCUCAAAUCCCUGACAUCCUUCCCUGAAGUAGCUCAUCAACAGGAGAACUACGGUUCAGAUACCUACAUGCGAACCGGUCUCUCAACAUUUCAGGCUCUGAAGGAUCCGGAGAGUAGUCUGGAGGGUCCGGAGGACCAGAACGACGCAGACACAUUCAGUGACGCACCCAAGAUCGUCUUCGAGGAGAUUCCAAGGUCCGAAGUGCGUCUUUCUCUUGGCCCCAGCUUUCCUCUGAAGUCCUUCAUAAUGCGACAACGAAGUGUUUCAACCAUUGCCUCAGAGGACAUCAACGACCUCUGUUUGGACAGCGAUGAGGACAGCCUUGACAUCCCACCACUUCCCAAGCAUCCUUACAUCUCCUCCAAGGAUGUCCUUGAUGACUCUGAUGAACUGUCACUGUCCAAUGAGAAUGUCAAUCAAGCCAAGCUGCGAGGUUUUGCAUGGAAGUUCCUAGAUGAGAAUUGGUAUGACACACCUAGAAGCUAUUUGUCGCGAUCAGAGCCCGGAUUAUGCAACAACCUUAACAGAAGCAGUAACUUGUCCUUCGAGGAACACGUCUACGACGUUCCCUCUGUUAAGCUCCCUCCGAGGCCCAAGUCCAGUGUUUACGAGGAUGCACUUUCGUUGAAGAGGAGGAAUGCCUACAUGGCGGCAGCAUCGAUACCUUCUGCUCCAUCAGGGUACUAUGGUUGUCAGCAGGAGGAGCCUCAUUAUGCGACGGUGAAGCCGCGGAAUCGAAAGAUAGUACCCAGUCAGGACUUGCUCAGGUCCAUGAGCGAUCUGCACUGGCAUAACAGGGGGGGAACAUCCCAUUAUUGCAACUUGAGUCUUGUUGAUAGGGUUUAGGUGGACCUGAGGGAGCGGGUGACGCGGCUGUUUGUUUUGAGGAUAUGUCGGAGGCUUAUGGAGACAGGAAAAUUUUCAAUAGGACCUUCUUUAUAGCGCAGAAACAGAUCUAGAGGCAUGAUUCAGACGAAAGUUUUGAUUUUUUUCAGUGGAUUUCAAUAUUUAUCGAUAUUUUACAGGUACUUGAGACCUGAGGAGACAGGUGGGUAACGUUAUGGUAAGUGAAUAAUGAUUUGUUUUAUUUUUAGGGAUAUCGCGGAAGCUGAUGCCAUUGGCCCAAUUUUCGAUAGGAACUUUUUUGUAGAGAAGAAAAAAAUCUCCAAAAAAGAUUUUACCGAAAAUUUUGCCACCUGCAGUGGUUUGCGUGAUAUGGAGGAAUACGUUAGGUCGAAAUUUACUUCCUGCGUCAAUCAGACGUCUAUCUCGGAAUUGUCGAGUAUAAAGUAAUUUCAAAAGAAAGGGAAGCGGUACUAGUCUUUCGUAUUUGGAGGGUCAAAUACUUGAAAUUGAACUGACGUAUCCAGGGGGAAAAUUCAUGUCACUUAGUAACGGGAGAAGUCGACCGCAUUGAUUUCCAGGAUUUAAACUCAAUUUGGGGGCUUUUUGGGGUGUCUGUAGAGUGACAGUUCACCAAAGAGAAUGUUUAACUUAGCGUGAUACUUAUUUUUGGGGAUUUUUUUCACGCCCAGCGUCUCCGGUAUUCGCACACGCGAAUAUUUAACAGAGAACGCGCUUGAUUUUUGGGGAGAGUUUAAUCCUGGAGAUUACAUCAAAUUUUUAAUAUUAACAGUGUUUUAAAUACUUCGGGAGCUAUCAGUACGACUAUUCGAAGGAAUUAAAGACCAUUUCAUUCUUCAAUGAAAAAAUCAAAUCCAUACACCGAGCGAUAAAAAUGAGAGAUAUUUCGUAAGACGAGUUAACUGUCGCCAGAUUGUCUACGAUAAAACCCAUAAUGUAAUAAUGAACUGAUCAAUAUUUAGAAAAAUUGCUACAUUCCAAUAGAUCUGAAAAUUACACUUACUCCAUUUGCCAAAUUUACUCAAAGUUAUAAAAUUCGUGAGAAUGGAAUGAAAUUAUUUGAACACCAGCCGAAUUAUGGUCACUCACAUUCAAUAAAUAAUGUUUUCGUAACGAUACAAUAUUAAAUAUUGUAAAUGUCAACGUGAAGAGUUACUUGACGUUUUUGAUGAACAAUUACUUUUUCAGGACAUGAUAAAAAAAUAUAAAUUGGAUCCAAUUUUAUACAAUGAAUAUUAAAUUUUUAUAUGAAGGUACUUGAAGGUCCUAUUUCUGUCUAUUUGUCGCAGAGUAUUUCAGAAAUGUAAAAAUAUUUUUUAAAUGUUAUAGAAAAAUUAUAGUACCCUGUAGCCUGUAGAAAAGAAUUAUCAAUAAAAUUUACACGUGUACGUAUAAAA